AUGGAAGAAAACAAGAUUUUUGGUGUGACAAGUCAUAGACGACAUGAAACAGAGUUAGAGAAAGUUACCUAUAAGGCAUCGUUUAAUCUUGAUUCUCAGGGACAAAUUCGGGAUUCGAGGCCGAUCACACCAGCGAGGAGGUCUAUUGAGAGAUUUAGUUGGAGACGCGAAACAGAUUCAAGAUCCUGGGCAGCGAAUAGGGUAAAGAAACUGAACAAGAACACACUACUCUGUUCCUUACUGUGGAGUGUUAAACUAAACAAGAGUCAGAUACGAAUUUCUCAGGGAAACCAAGACUCAGGAUUAACAAUAAACGGAGCGAAUCGGGUUCCUGUUCACCGAGAUUCCAACGCAGACAUGGGAGAGAAUCUGCAACAACAGAGGAGAAGCCACGAAACAGAGUCGAGACUCUGGAAUCAGAGGAGGGUAAAGAAACUGAACAAGAACUCACUCUGUUCUUUACUGUGGAAUAUUAUGAUCACAAGAGUGGAUACGAUUUCUCAGGGAAACGAAGAUUCAGGUUCAAGAAUAAACGAAGAGAAUCUGCAGCAAGAGAGGGUGAGAGAUGUUGAUAUCCCGAGGAGAAGCCACGAAACAGAGUCGAGAUUCUGGCGUCAGCAGAGGGAUAGAUCUGCGGAUCGGAGAGGGAACAGUGAAUCCAAACGAGUACUUGAUGAGAGACAGUCGAGUGCGUAUCCAAAUCAUGGCAGAGUAAAAGAUUGUCGGUAUUUUGUAAGUGGUCAGUGUCGCUUUGGAGAAAUUUGCCGUUUCAAUCAUCCUUCUCAUAUUCUUCGGGCUGGAACUACGGAUCGGAGAGCGAGUGAAUACGAAACAGAGUCAAGAAACAGAGCAAAGAGGAGGUACAUUCAAGAGAAUCACAGCAUUAACGCUAAAGAUAUUAUGCAGGACCAUAUUGAGGAGCAGAGGAGUAGAGAGGCCCGUGACAAUCUGCAAGAAGAGAAUCUGCAACAACAGAGAUUGAGGGAGAUGCAAGAGAAUCAGGAUGAGAUACAGAGUCAGAGAGAUAUUGAGAGGGAGAGGAGGGAAACUCGUAGGAUGCUUGAUCAGGUCAAACCUAGUGUUGAAUUUAACGAUCUGAGUGGAAUCAGAGACUCAUUGCGAGUUAUUGGGAUUGAAAGAAAAGAAGGCGAUGGGUUUUAA